AUGGCAGCAGAAAUAAAACCUGCACCAGGGGUUAAUCAUGAUAAAUUUAGUACAAGUCGAAAACCUAUACUUUUAUCGAAAUUAGAAGGAUGCAAUGAUGAUGUCAAUGCGGCUAUCAUUAUACCGCGGGAAGAUGGUGUAAUUAGUGUUUGCGAUGACAGAACUGUUAGAGUUUGGUUGAAAAGAGAUUCUGGCCAUUAUUGGCCAAGUGUUUGUCAAUAUAUGGCUGCUGGUGCAACAUCAAUGCAUUAUUGUGUACAAACUAGACAGUUAUUUGUUGGUUUAGAAAAUGGAACUAUAAAUGAAUUCAUAUUGGAACAAGAUUAUAAUCAAAUGACUGCUAUGCGUGAAUAUGCUGCACAUCAAGCAAGAGUUACAGGUGUUAUAUUUGCAUCAAAUUAUGAAUGGGUAUUAAGCAUAGGUCGAGAUAAAAUGUUUCAAUUACAUUGUUCAGAAACAGGGCAAAAGUUAGGAUCAUAUCAGACAGAUGCAUGGUACACUGCAUUGCAAUUUGACACACAAUCGAAACAUGCUUUUGUCGGUGAUUAUUCUGGACAAAUAGCUAUGUUGAAGUUAGAUACUAAUGGUGUCACACUAAUUACCACGUUAAAAACACACACAGGAAGCAUUCAUACAUUAGCAUGGGAUUCUGAAAAACAACUUUUAUUUUCUGGAAGUUUCGAUCAAAGUAUUAUUGUAUGGGAUAUCGGUGGUCGGCAGGGUACAGCAUAUGAAUUACAAGGACAUCACAAUAAAGUGACAGCAUUAUGUUAUGCAAGUGCAGAACGUAUGUUAUUAUCUGGAGGAGAAGAUGGUGUAAUAGUGUGUUGGGAUAUGGCUGCAAAUAGAAAAGAGACAGCAGCAUGGAUAGAAUCUGAUACAUGCCAAGCUUGUGGAAGACCAUUCUUUUGGAAUAUUAAAGCAAUGAUGGAUCAACGACAAUUAGGUUUGAGACAACAUCAUUGUCGUCAUUGUGGUCGUGCAUUAUGCGCUCGAUGUACAUCUCAACGAAUACCAAUACCUGCAAUGGGUUUUGAAUUUGAAGUUAGAGUAUGUGAUCAAUGUCAUAUUCAACUUAAAGCUGCAAACCAAACAUCUUUAGCAUCAUUUCAUGAUGCAAAGCAUAAUGUUGUUGGAAUGGAUCUCGAUGCUUCUAGACGAAGAUUAUUAACUAUUGGACAAGAUCGUCUUAUUAAGAUUUGGGAUAUUUCCGCACUUCUUCAAUGAACUUCCAAAUAUGUUUAUUUAUAAAUAACGAAACUAAUCAAAUCAUAAGGUAUAAGAGGAAAAUACUGUUAUAUUUCGAUGUAAAAGUAUAAUAUCCAGAGCCUAUUUUUACGAUCGUUAUUGAAAUCAUUUUAAAAUCCGUUUAUUUAAUUGUAAGCACUAAAUUUUUUAUGUUACAAUUUGCUUCUUACAUAAAGAAAUUCUGAAUCUUUAAAAUAUUUUACAGCAUUGAAAUAGAAUACAUAAAAAUUAAAAAAAAAAAAGAAAAUGUAUAUCACUUGCAAAUACUCUUCCAGUGGAAAAAAACUCAAUAACUUAUUCAGCAAAUGAUAGAAAAUAAUAUAUAUUUUAUUUUUUUUCAUUUAUUGUAAUAACAUUUAUAAAUGACCAAAGUAUGGAUCAAUAGAUUGAAUUUUUAAUUAAAUUCGUUAUAAAUAUGUUUUAAUAAAUCAUUAUACAUAAACGGAAUAAAUAUGAAAUGAUAAUUUUACUUUUUCAUUAGAAGAUUAACAUAAUAAUUAUGAAUAAAUUAAAUUUUGAUUUUAAAUGAAUAAAAAAUAUCAAAAUUAAGAAAUACAUUAUUUAAAAAUACAAAUAUGACAUUAUGAGAAAUUUUAUAUUUUAAAGUACAAAAUUAAAUUAUAUUUAUCUGAUUGAUACAGUCAAAAAUUUUUAACAUUUUUGACUUAUCUUUUUCUUCAGAAUACUAUGUGCAUUAUAAAAUUAUAUUAUUAUUAUUAUAUUAUAAUUAUUUAAUAUAAAGAUACAACAUUUUUGAGGAAUUGCUCUAAACUGCCUAUUAAUUUAAAAAAUAAUAUAAUUUGUCAAAACAUUGUCAAUAACUUUUAGUUUUGUCAAUGUUGCUCCUAGUCGUUCUCUUUGUUGCAUUUCUAAUUAUUUAUGUUAUAAUUUUUUAAAAACUCGAAGGAUUGAUUUAUUUGUAAAAUGCAAUAUUUUUUCAAACAUUUAAAACGAGGUACAGCUUAUGUAAAAAUAAUAAUAAUUAGAAAUUAUUACUACUAUUACUAAUGCUAAUAAUAAUAAUAAUAAAAAUGAUAAUAGUAAUAAUAACAACAACAACAACAAUAAUAAUAAUUUAAGUUGUACACAUUAUUACAGAAAUAAUAAUAUUUCCAAAAAUUAAAAUUUUAAAUACAAUUUGAUUAAAGUUAUGACUACAUUACAAUUUUUAUAGAAAAACAUAAAGAAUUAGAAUGGAAAACAGAUUUUGAUAAAAAUAUGUUAUUUAUAUUCUAUUUAUUUUCUUUGUAUAAUUAUUCAAUAAUUCUAUUUAAUAAUAACAUACAUAUUUUGUACCUGGAUUACAAUUUUUAUUGUUCAAUUAUUCACUUAGCAAAUAUUAUUGAUUUCUCAUCAAUACUAUAACUGAUGAUAAAAGCAACUAAGAGAAAAGAAACAUUUAUUAUCGGAGCACGUUAAAUCAAUUAAUGUACGAGUGCAAUUUGAACAAAUGUAUUAUGUAUGUUAAAUUCGUCUUGUGCUUUUUUUAAAUAUAAUUAUUUAUAAAACAAUGUUAUAUAAAACAUUAUAAUAAUAUUAAUAUUUUAUUCAAAAUUAAAUAAUAUAUUUUGGAAUUAAUUUAUAUAUAUAUAUAUUCUACACGUGAAUAUUUUGCCAUGCAAUCAGUCUUAUUAUGCUGAACACAAGCGAAGAGUAUUGAUCAUUUAUUAAAAAUAUAUAUCUACCAAGAAGCAAUACUCUAAAUUUAGAUAUAGAAUCUAUCAUUUCUUCGUUACAUCGAAUGAUAGUAACUUCUUAAUUUUAGGAAAUAAUUUAUAAUAUUCGUUGUGCAUUGUAAUUAUUCAUUAUCAAAAGACAUCGAUCAACUGCGUAAUUUAUGCGGGAUCAAAAUCAAAAUUGUUUAAAAUACAUACUUUCAUUCGUAUUUUUACUGUUAAAAUAUACAAUAUCGAUAACGAUACAACAGUACAGUAAUUUGUUAUAAUUUCCACAAAAAUCUUUGAAGUAUUCGUAAAAGAUAAAUCGUUAGAAUGGAAGUAUUGUUCUUGUUGCAUAAAAAAUAUCUUAUUUAUACAUAUAUAUGGCACGUUUUUAUAAAAUUGUUAAUUUGCAACGUGCAUAACAUCGCUAAUGUUGUUAUUGUUGCCGAAGUUUUCAGUACUUUAUGUAUUAAUGCAUAUGUUAAAAAUUAUAAAAAUUAUUAUGUAUGUAUGUAUGUAUAACAUUCAUGUAAAAUUCGUAUGAAAUGAAAAAUAUAUUUUCAAUGUAAACGA